CUGAAGGUUCACCGGAGACUCGAGCUUCCCGUGGCCGCUGUCAGACGCUCCGCGAGCGGCGAGAGAAGAGCGCAAACCCUGGGGAGAGCAACGCGAACGCCGCGGCACCCACGUGUAACGGGCCAUGACGACGGAUCCAGGCUCGGAAUCGGACGUCCCGCACACAGAAGCCAAACCGUCCCCCCCGAAACACUUCCCAGCAUCAGGACACGAAAGCCCGGACACACGGCACCAGAGCCAAUCAGAAGUCAGACAGCAGGAGGACGACUACAUUUCCCAGAAGUCCGUGAGCAGCCGAGUGUCCUGGUCAGCGUUACGCAGGAGCCACAGACUGAAGGUCAUGGAGUGUAAGGUCACGCUUCUGGACGGCACGGACUACACCUGCACGCUGGAGAAGCGAGCGAUAGGUCAGGUGCUGUUCGAGAAGGUCUGCGACCACCUGAAUCUUCUGGAGAAGGAUUAUUUCGGUAUUACGUACCGGGACGCUGAAAGCCCGAAGAACUGGCUGGACACGUCCAAGGAGAUCAAGAAGCUGAUCAGUGCUGGUCCCUGGAACUUUGCCUUCAACGUGAAGUUUUAUCCUCCCGAUCCGGCGCAGCUUUCUGAGGAUAUCACCAGGUAUUACCUGUGUCUGCAGCUCAGAGAUGACGUGGUGUCCGGGCGUUUGCCGUGUUCUUUCGCCACUCACACUGUGUUGGGCUCCUACACGGUUCAGUCUGAGCUGGGAGACUACGACCCUGACAUGCAGGGAUCCGGCUAUAUCAGCGACGUGCGUUUGGCCCCCAACCAGACCAAAGAGCUGGAGGAGAAAGUGCUGGAGCUACACCGCAACUACAAAGGAAUGACUCCUGCUGAAGCUGACAUGAUGUUCCUGGAAAACGCAAAGAAACUCUCCAUGUACGGAGUCGACCUGCACCGUGCCAAGCUGAUCGGACGGUUGUUUGAGUGCAUUGCACCGGUGCAGGAGGAGGACUCGGAGUGUGUGGAGAUCAUGCUGGGAGUGUGUUCCAGCGGCCUCCUCGUCUACAGGGAUAAACUGCGCAUCAACCGCUUCGCCUGGCCCAAGAUACUCAAGAUCUCCUACAAGAGGAACAACUUCUACAUCAAGGUCCGGCCCGGAGAGCUCGAACACUUCGAGAGCACCAUCGGCUUCAAACUCCCAAAUCACAAAGCAGCGAAGAGGCUGUGGAAAGUGUGUGUGGAACAUCAUACCUUCUUCAGGCUGGUGUCUCCUGAGGCUCCUCCCAAACGCUUCCUGUCGUUGGGCUCGAAGUUUCGCUACAGCGGCCGAACUCAAGCUCAGUCGCGCAGAGCGAGCGCUCAGAUCUCGCGAGCAGCUCCUCAGUUCCAGCGGAGGAACACCGUCAGCAUGGACAGCACACCAGCAUCGGUCGCCCAUGACGACGUGAAGAACAACAAACCUGCUGUUGCUACGGACGACCUCAUCGUCAGGGAAACGCCAGAGAAGAAGCCGGAGGAGAUGAACUCUGUGGAGGAGGAGCUCAAGACCAACAGUGAUGAAUCAGAACAAGCCCCGCCCACUUCUGUCACCAAGUCGUGUCCCUAUUCCUCGGAUCCGUUGGGAUCGGAGCUCUCCCUCCCUUCCUCCCCCGUGUCGUCCACUAAAGUGCGCCGGAGACGCCGGGAAUCCAGUCGUAAACGUGCGUCCUCGGUCAGUCCCGCUAAAACCACGGCGGGUUGCCGGCGCCGACAGGCUCAAGCGGACCGUAAAGCGGCUCUCCUGGAAGAGCGAGCGCUGCUGCUCUCCGCGCGCAAGCAGAGACUGGACCAGAACCGGAGCAACACCGGCACGCUCUUCUCCUUCUCCCUCCAUCUGCCCGACAUGUCUUCGCUGCUGGACGACGACGGGUACCUGACGUUCCCCGAUCUCACCGAGCUGCGCUUCCUCCCCGAGAGUCUGCAUCACUUCAUGCCCAUCAAAUCCCCCUCGCUCAUCCCCUGCUUCCUCUUCAUCUUCUUCUUCCUCCUGUCCACGUCGUUCUCGGUGCCGUACGCGCUCACGCUGUCCUUCCCGCUGGCGCUGUGCCUCUGCUACCUGGAGCCCAAAGCCGCGUCGCUCGGCUCGUCUCUCGCGCAGGGCUUUCAGGACAGCUCCGACGACGAGAGCGACAGCGAGCAAACCGACUUCGCUUGUGACGACGACUCGACGGCCACUGAGUCUGACUUUGAGGACAACACUGACAUGAGGACACAGUAUAGUUUCAUAAAACGGAUUAAAGGAGAGAACGUGUUUGUCAAGCACAGUAAUCUCAUGUUGGAGGAGACAGACACGCCCACAGAACUAAAGCAGCAUCAGCUGAGCGUCAGCGAGCUGAAGAGGUCGUUUCUGGAGAUGCGUUGUGAAGCGUCUGGUGUGAAUGAGUGGGACAUGAGACUGUCCUCGUCCCCUCGACUCUGUGCUCGACUGGACGAGUCUUCAUCCAUUAAACCACUCGUGUGCGCACUGGAAAUGUCAGAGGAGGAUAAAGCCGAACCUGAAGAUGUUGCAGUAAAGCCGGAUCUCAAUGUUGAGGAUCAGCAGUCGGAGGAGCCGGGUAAAGACGUCCCCGUGGUUCACACUGAGACCAAGACCAUCACGUACGAGUCUUCUGAGGUUGAUGCGAAUGGCGAGUCGGAUCCAGGCGUCCUCAUGAGCGCUCAGACGAUCACAUCAGAGAACAACAGCACCACCACCACCACACACAUCACUAAAACGGUGAAGGACGGCAUCUCAGAGACUCGCAUCGAGAAGAGGAUCGUGAUCACAGGAGACGCAGACAUCGACCACGACCAGGCUCUGGCUCAGGCUAUUAAAGAGGCCAAAGAGCAGCACCCAGACAUGAGCGUCACUAAAGUAGUGGUGCAUAAAGAGAGCGAGAUCUCGCCAGCCGAAGGAAUAAUGUCCAAACCUCAGCCGAGGGAACAAACACACGACCUCUGACCUCUGACGACACGCUCUUCGUCAUGGAAACAUCAGCUCACAACACAUGAUGAUGAUGAUGAUGAUGAUGAUGAUGAUGAUGAUGGACUCCAAACAGAAAAAGGGGGGAAAUCUUUGCCUUACAACUGACUCAAAAUCUUUCAUUAAUGCCAGUUUAUUUAUAGUCCAGCGCCCCCUUGUGGACAUCGUAGGAAAC